UUUAGUGUCAUGCUCGCGCUCCAUUGAUACUGGCUGCCAGUACUAGAGCGUGGAGCGGACUAGGGAAAAACAUAAAGGAAAAACGAAAACAAUCAAGCGGCAACAUUUAAUACAAUAAUGAUAGCGACACAACUGCAGGCACUGGCAUCCUUUCGGUGACAGGCAAGACAUCACAAGGAAGAGGAGGAAGAGCUAGGAGAAGACCGCACAUCUGAGAAGACAUUUAAAAGUAACUCAAGCUUACUUGACCACAGGUAGUUAUCGCGCGUCAAAGAAUAUCAAAGUGCAGGUCAUGCGGAUAUCUCCGGGUGGAGAUCGAGCUGUGUUUCAUUGCUAGUACAGUUCUUCUUGGGAAGAAGAUCACUUAUUUUCAGCUGAACAAGAACAGGGGAAAGCCAUGUCCAGAAGAAAGCAGAGCAAACCCCGGCAGAUCAAACGUUCUAUUGGCGACCUGGAGGGUGGUGAGGACAACGCACCUGACGACGUCAGCCUAUCAGGCGAUGAGGGCGGAGCCUCAGACUCAGCAGAAUGUGACAGCUCCAGUACACCACCAUAUACCCCCCUGUACAAUGAAGAGCCAAGGACACAUGAAUCCCUUUGUGCACCUGAUGAUGAUGAUGAGGAGGAGGAGAAAGGUCCAACACACACUGAGGAGGAGAUGGAAGAGGAGGAAGACUGUCUACAUUGGAGGGGUCCAGAUGAUCUGGAGCUGAGUGAUGAUGCUGCUUACCCCAGGGUCCUGGCCUGCAGGAACCUCACCACCGACACAUUAUGGGGGCCAUAUGCUGGGAUCGUCCAAACAGAAGAUGCGGGAGAUGACCAGGAGUCAGAGAUCUCCAGGUUGAGCCUGGUGUGUGAGGACACAGACUGCUGGCUCCGUAGAGUCCUGUUAACCUCUGAUGCAACAGAUACCAACUGUACCAUCUACAGCCAAGGUGAGGAGCUGUAUUGUAAGGUAACCCAGGACAUCUCCACAGGGGACGGUCUGCUGGCUACGCUGUCUACACCCUCUAUGGAGCAACGGUCCCCCUCUAAGACCCAGGGUGUAGCGGUGAAGGAGGAGCCUACAGGUGUCUACCCAGCAUCCCUCCACUCUGAGAUACAGCUCCUCCCCCAGCAGGCUGGGAUGGCAGCCAUCUUGGCCACGGCAGUUGUCAACAAGGACAUCUUCCCGUGUAAGGACUGUGGGAUCUGGUACCGCAGUGAGAGGAACCUCCAGGCCCACCUCAUGUACUACUGUGCCAGCCGGCAGAAGCAGCAGUCCUCCUGCUCCCCUCCACAGGACAAGCCCAAGGACUCCUACCCCAAUGAGCGUGUAUGCCCCUUCCCACAAUGUAACAAGAGCUGCCCCAGCGCCAGCUCCCUGGAGAUCCACAUGCGGACACACAGUGGUGAGCGUCCCUUUGUGUGUCUGAUCUGCCUGUCGGCCUUCACCACUAAAGCCAACUGUGAGCGUCACCUGAAGGUGCACACGGACACGCAAAACGGAGUGUGUCACGGCUGUGGCUUCAUCUCCACCACGAGGGACAUUCUCUACAGCCACCUGGUCACCAGUCACAUGGUUUGUCAGCCUGGCUCGCGCAGUGAAGUGUACUCCCCAGGUCCUGGCCUGCCCAAACUGCCUCUGUCCACAGGUCUAAGUCCAGGAGACUCUGGUGUUGUGUUGAAAUGUCAGAUAUGUGGCCACAUCACAGACUCACCCGGCCAGCUCCAACAGCACGUUCGCACACACCUGGAGGUGAGGGUCCCGGCAGAGAGGAGCCCCUCACCCCGCCAGAGCACCCCCUCCUCAGCUGACCACCCGGAGCCCCCUGCCUGCGUACCCCACCCUGACUCCUCCAGCCCUGGGGCCAAUGGGAGCUCAGCCACCCCGCGAGGCUGCAGCCCACCUGACCACCUCCCCACAGACAUGAGGAUCAAAGAGGAGCUGCGCUCGGACUCUGAGAAUGAGGGGCAGGAGGAGGAGGACCGGGAGGGGAAGAGCCAUGGACACACAGGGGUAGGGUGCUCUCAGACCUCCACCUCCCCCAGGAGUCCCUUUGCUGUGGCCGUGAAGGCAGAGCCAACCAGCCCCACCCCUGGCUCCAGCCCUGCCCACCUGGGAGGUGCUGGCUCAGUGCUGCCUGGAGGAGCAGUGUUCCUGCCACAGUACAUCUUUAGCCCAGAGGCAGCCAUCCUGCCCCAGGCCUCAGAGAUCCUGGCCAAGAUGUCUGAGAUGGUCCACAGCCGGCUGAAGCAGGGCCAGGUGUCCCCUGGGGCAGCACCAGCCUUCUAUCCCGCAGGCACUACUGCCACUGUCCACAAGGGGGCCACCUGCUUAGAGUGUGACAUCACCUUCAACAACAUCAACAACUUCUACGUUCACAAGAAGCUCUACUGCUCCAGCAGGCACCAGCAGGGAGACGUGGCUUGCCCAGUGAAGGAGGGGGCCUCAGGGGUCACCGUCCCCUCUGUCGGACACGGUUCAUCCCCUCAGGCUGCCACAGCCUCCCACAGUGACUCAGACCCUGUUCCAGGCAGCACCGGCACAGAGGGCAAGCUGGUGGAGGUGAAAAGUGAGAACCCUGGGGUGAAGGAGGCUGUGUCCUCCUCUUCCUCUGAGGGGGAAGGUGGUGGAGGAGGACGAGGCCUGGCCAGUGAGGGCAGCCAGAGCCCCAGCUGCUCAGCAGAGGACCAGGAAGAAGACCCCACCAGGACCUUCUGUCAGGCCUGCAACAUUCACUUCAGUCGCCAUGAGAACUACACGGUCCACAAGCGCUUCUAUUGUGCAUCGCGCCACGAUCCGUCCAACCAGCGGUCAAGCACUGGCAAAGCCACCUUCCUGCCUCAGCCCAUCCGCACGCGCAAGAGGAAGAAGAUGUAUGAGAUCCACAUGGCUCGGACUGAGGCCCUAGCCAAUGCUGCUGCUAUUGCCUUUUCCCCUGCUCCAGGGCUGGGCCUGGCUGUGAAGCAGGAGGCUGCUGCCUCAGUGGGGAAGGUCCUGGAGGCCCCUGUUCCAGCCAUGGCCUUGGGCCUGUGUCCAGCCACUUCCAGUAGCACCAGCCCUGAUGGAGAUGGCCCAAUCGACCUGAGUAAGAGGCCCCGUCUGAGGGACUCCCCACGGGGCAGCAGCAUCUCUGCUCUGCCCCUCACUGACUACCACAAGUGCACCGCCUGUAGCAUCAGCUUCAACAGCAUUGAAAACUACCUGGCCCACAAGACCUACUACUGCCCAGCCACCACCCUGCAGCCCCACACCCUGAAGACGCUCCACAGGCUGAAGAGACCAGCCUCCACUUCCCCCGAGGCCAAUGGGAUCCCCACAGAGAAUGCUCCUCAGGGGGCCUCGCCCAGCCCUCACCCCUCAGCUUUGCCUGGCUCUGAGGCAACAUCCCUUCACAGCGGCCCUGCAGCCAAAUGCCCAGGCUCUCCUCCUGUGGUCUGCCCCUACUGCCCUCCCAAUAGGGCGGUGACCUGUGACCUGGUGGAGCACUUCAGAUCCAUGCAUGGCCUGGUCUUGAACCUGGAGGGCCAGCCAGCUGUCAUCAGCCCCAGCCUGAGCCCCAGGGAUGAGACCCCAGCCACCCCGCCCAAACUGGGCCUCCAGACCCGCAGGGACAGCAUCAACAUUCGGGUCAGAAUGGACACUGUCUCCUCCUCCUCUCCCCUGGUGAACAUUAGCCCCCUGGGUCCCCAUGCUGGGGGUGGCAGCUCCCCCAAAGCAGCCCCUCCUGCUGUGUCUCCCACCAGGUCCCUCCCCCUGACUGUGUCCCCUGUGCCUGAGGUCCUGAGGGAGGUUGGGGUUAUGAACCACCAGGCUGCUGUUGCUCUGCUUCCAGACAGGGCAGCCGUCACCCUGGGUCUCCCACUCCCUGUUGCUGUCCCGGCACCUACCACACCCAAGACCCUCCUGGUCUCCCCUUUGCAGAACGGUAACAUCCGCUUCUGCCGGCUGUGCAAUAUCAAGUUCAGCAGCCUGUCCACGUUCAUUGCCCACAAAAAGUACUACUGUUCCUCCCACAGCGCUGAGCACGUCAAGUGAACAUGCCUGUCUCUGCACAGUGUCCCCUCACAGCCCAGCCCCAGCUAUUCACCUGUGUCAGUGCCACCAUGGCAUAGCACCAUGUCUGGACUGUCUGAAGUAAAUGUGACUGUUACUCACCAGGCACUGGUUAGCUGCUCGGACGCUGACGUUCCCGGUAUUGUUACUAUGGUAACUUAUUUCUUCUUAUGGGUCAAAGUUCGUAUUACACUAAGAGCGGAGAUACGCUACCUGCACACACAUUUGUGCCCACCUUCCCUUCCCCACCACCUCAAUACCUGUCCCCUAGCCCUCUCCCUCCCCUCUCACCUCCAGGGUUCACAGAAUGUUGAUAACGGGACUUUUAGAUCCAACAUUUAAUCUCCUGAGCAAGCUUAAUUUAACUGUUUAUAUUACAAUUAUCUUGAUUUGAUUGUGAUUGUUUGAAGCAUUUCUUGCUCAUGACAACUUGCUUUUCCUGAGCCGUUGAGGCUCAUGACCUGUCAGUGAGUGGGGACAACUGUUGUCCCUCAGGGCCCUCUUAUGGAGCUGACCAUCUCUACCUUUUUAUUUCUGCCUACCUGUGCAUAGUGUAUGAUGUUUUAAAAUAAUUAUAUGGUUUUGUUUGAACACUGGCUCUUUUGUUAACUAGAAAGCAUUUUAGCUGAAUUACAGGAAUGGGUGUCACAAGGUUAUCAAUUACAGAUGAAAUAUUUGCAAAUGGAUAGAUUCGUUUUUCCAAAACCACAAUUGUAUUUUCUCUUAAUGCAAGGGAAAGCAUGGGAAAUAUUUAUCUCUGAUUCCAUGUCAACAGAAAACUACCUAGCGUCUGAAAAUAUUGGUAUUUUUUUAUUUGUAUUGUUUUCAUACUUUUCGAAGGAACUGUUUCAUUCUUGGUGUGUAAAGAUGUAGAUAUAAUAUCUUUCACAGUAAUCACUGGGAUGACACUGAAUCUUAUUUUCAUUAUUGUCAGCAUUUUUCUUUAAUGCUGGUGUUUUAAAUUUUGGUAGAACGAAGAUGACUGGACCUGAGUAUCAGGAUGAAGACACUUCACUUCCUGUUCCUAUAAUGCCCUAAACAACACCGCCCAUCUCCCCAUUAAACCUGACCUUUAACCCACAAACCUCCUACUGUAUGAACAUAUUACAUCCGCCAAUCUGCAGCUGCUGAUACACCACCAUCUUGCUUGAAUUAGACAUGGGAUCCGUUUAAAUCUAUGUUGAUUAAUUGACACCUGUUAGUGUGUGAUUGUUCUAUUGUGUUUUUCCGGUAAUGAAGUAAAAGAAGAAGAAAAAAUGUGAGAAGGUGUAAGAGACAGGCAAGGACAGUAGAUGUAUUUCACAGAUUGUAGAGAGACACACGGUAGAUACUGUAGCUCCUAAAACUGUCAUGUUUAAAACACAAACACACAUACAGUUGAAGUCGUUAGUUUAAAUACACUUAGGUUGGAGUCAUUAAAACUAGUUUUUCAACCACUCCACAAAUUUCUUGUUAACAAACUAUAGUUUUGGCAAGUCGGUUAGGACAUCUAAUUUGUAAUUUUUCCAACAAUUGUUUACAGACAGAUUAUUUCACGUAUAAUUCACUGUAUCACAAUUCCAGUGGGUCAGAAGUUUACAUACACUAAGUCGACUGCGCCUUUAAACAGCUUGGAAAAUUCCAGAAAAUGAUGUCAUGGCUUUAGAAGCUUCUGAUAGGCUAAUUGACAUAAUUUGAGUCAAUUGGAGGUGUACCUGUGGAUGUAUUUCAAGGCCUACCUUCAAACUCAUUGCCUCUUUGCUUGACAUACUGGAAAAAUCAAAAGAAAUCAGCCAAGACCUCAGAAAAAGAAUUGUAGACCUCCACAAGUCUGGUUCAUCCUUGGGAGCAAUUUCCGAACGCCUGAAGGUACCACGCUCAUCUGUAGAAACAAUAGUACGCAAGUAUAAACACCAUGGGACCACGCAGCCAUCAUACCGCUCAGGAAGGACACGCGUUUUGUCUCCUAGAGAUGAACAUACUUUGGGGGGGAAAGUGCACAUCAAACUCAGAACAACUGCAAAGGACCUUGUGAAGAUGCUGGAGGAAACGGGUACAAAAGUAUCUAUAUCCACAGUAAAACGAGUCCUAACCUGAAAGGCCGCUCAGCAUUAAGAAGCCACUGCUCCAAAACCGCCAUAAAAAAGCCAGACUACGGUUUGCAACUGCACAUGGAGACAAAGAUUGUACAUUUUGGAGAAAUGUCCUCUGGUCUGAUGAAACAAAAAUGUUUGGAGGAAAAAGGGGGAUGCUUGCAAGCCGAAGAACACCAUCCCAACCGUGAAACACGGGGGUGGCAGCAUCAUGUUGUGGGGGUGCUUUGCUGCAGGAGGGACUGGUGCACUUAACAAAAUAGAUGGCAUCACGAGGCAGGAAAACUAUGUAGAUAUAUAUAUUGAAGCAACAUCUCAAGACAUCAGUCAGGAAGUUAAAGCUUGGUCGCAAAUGGGUCUUCCAAAUGGACAAUGACCCCAAGCAUACUUCCAAAGUUGUGGCAAAAAGGACAACAAAGUCAAGGUAUUGGAGUGGCCUUCACAAAGCCCUGACCUCAAUCCUAUGGAACAUUUGUGAGCAGAACUCAAAAAGCGUGUGCGAGCAAGGAGGCCUACAAACCUGACUCCGUUACAGCAGCUUUGUCAGGAGGAAUGGGACAGAAUUCACCCAACUUAUUGUGGGAAGCUUGUGGAAGUCUACCCAAAACGUUUGACCCAAUUUCAACAAUUUAAAGGCAAUGCUACCAAAUACUAAUUGAGUGUAUGUAAACUUCUGUCCCACUGGGAAUGUGAUGAAAGAAAUAGAAGCUGAAAUAAAUCAUUCUCUCUACUAUUAUUCUGACAUUUCGCAUUCUUAAAAUAUAGUGGUGAUCCUAACUGACCUAAGACAGGGAGUUUAAAUGUAUUUGGCUAAGGUGUAUGUAAACUUCCGACUUCAACUGUACAACCCUGUUUAUGGAGUGUUGUUGAAUAGACCUGCGAAAAGCAAUCUUUCCUCAGUCAGAACUGGCUACACUGGCACAGCCUUACCGUAGAGUUGAGUUAGCUGGUCCUGUGCUCCACUAUCCUUACCUCUCAUGAUGAUCUACAUGGAUCGGUUUGUUACUUGUGCUGUUCUCUUCUCUUCUCUGUGUUACACAGGCAGAUGUUUCUCUGCUCUAAAAACUGGAAAACAAAAUGGCAGUGAAAAGUUGAGGAUUUUUGCUCUGUUGUGGUUUUGAACAGUGCUGUAUCAGUCAUAUCUUACUCAAUAAUGUUUACAAUUGCAUUGCUUUCUCUUUUCUCAAAGCGAUUAGCAUUUUCAACAAGUGACAAAUCGAGGAUCUCAGUGCUGAGAACCAUUUCCCCAUGAUAUUGCACUGUGUUGUACAAAUGUGCUGAAUGUUUUAGUUUUAGAGGCUUUUUUGUAAUGUAUUUGUUUUUACAGCACUUUUCCUCGUCCAAACUCAUCCCUUGAAAGAGUUGCUGAUCAAUUUCAACCUUUUCACAUUAAUUGAAAACAUUUUGUGAAUGAUUACUAAUGGAAAAGUAAUAAUGAAUGUCAGAUCUUUUCUUUUUUUAAUUUCAAUCUCAAAUUCCACUACACACUUGUCCAAACUAUGCAUGGGAAAUAAACGUCCUGAGAGACAUUAAA